AUGCUGCUGAUCAUUGAAGCUCUUCUUCUCAUUUCAGCUGCUCUAGGACAGGAUCACAGAGCUGCUGCUGCUGUUGAAAAGAAAUGUCCACUGGAUAUGACACCGAAUUCAGUUGAUGACCAAUAUGAUGGCUGUAGAGAGAAAAUGGCAAAUCUGGUGAAGACAAAAUAUCUAAAGAAGGAAAUCAAAAACUCAGUUGAUUUUAAAAUUGCUUGGAAAAAAGGGGAAGACUUUGUCAAGACCCAAAAUGAUAACCUGACGAAGAAUCAUUUAAUUGCUAUUUAUGUGUACAGUGAUAGUAAUGUAUAUAAGCUUUUUAAUCCUGAAACUCGUUCCGGUAAAAAAAAGUACAAACAAAUGAGAUACAAAUGGUAUUCACUUCACUUUCUGUUAACAGAAGCGAUACAGAUUCUGAAGAAAACACAAACAAAAUGUUAUUCAACUUUUCGUGGUACCAAAGCUGAAUUUAAUAAGCGUGUUCUGAACAAAGAGGUUCGAUUUGGCUCAUUUGCUUCAUCCUCUCUUGAUCGUAAAAAAGCACAGGUUUUUGGAAAUGUGUCUUGUUUUGAAAUCGACACUUGUACAGGUGCUGAUGUGUCAAAAUACUCUAAGCUUCCUCAUGAGAAAGAGGUGCUGAUUCCUCCAUAUGAGAAGUUUAAAGUCACUGCUGUCAAGACAAGAAAACAGCAGAACGAUCUCUGGUGUGAAACUGUGUUCACUUUGAAAAGCUCUGGAAACAGAAGUAACCUGAACUGUGCUCUAUUCAAGAAACCACCCAAGUCCAUAAUGAAGAAUUAUGUUGUGCGCUGA